AUGUCUGACAUCCGCCUGCGUAUCGAUGGACGAACAUUCCGCGACUCCCAUAACCGCGAAGUAACGCUGCAUGGCAUCAACUGUGCCGCCGACGCCAAGUUCCCUGCGAAUCCUAACCAACCUUCGCACAUACCUGAUAACUUUUUCGAUGGAGACAAUGUUUCUUUUGUAAACCGGCCGUUCUCCUUGGAUGAUGCGGCAACACACUUUUCGCGGUUACGGAGUUGGGGGUACAACACCAUCCGAUACGUCUUCACCUGGGAGGCGAUAGAGCAUGCUGGACCAGGAAAGUACGACGAGGAGUGGAUAGACCACACCAUUGCUGUGCUACGAAAGGCCAAAGAGUAUGGCUUCUACAUAUUCAUGGACCCCCACCAGGAUGUCUGGUCCCGAUUCUCUGGAGGCUCCGGUGCACCCAUGUGGACUCUUUACGCCUGUGGGCUGGAUCCCGAGAAAUUUGCAGUCACUGAAGCUGCCCUCGUACAUAACACGUACCCCGACCCUGCGGCCUAUCCCAAGAUGAUCUGGACGACCAACUACACCCGCCUGGUAUGUCAAGUCAUGUGGACUCUGUUCUUUGGGGGCAGGGACUUUGCCCCAAAGGCCAUCAUAGACGGCAAAAACAUACAGGACUACUUGCAAGAGCACUUUAUCGGCGCAUGCGAGCACCUUGCGAAGCGUAUACACGAAGCUGGGGACCUCUGGCACGACCCAGUAAUUGGUUGGGAAAGCAUAAACGAGCCCAACAGAGGCCUCAUCAGCUAUCAAGACAUUACGCAGAUUCCCAGCGAACAAAAGCUGCAGAAAGGAACCUCACCAACAGCUUGGCAGGCAAUACUUACCGGAUCAGGUAGGGCUUGCGAGAUCGCGACAUGGGAUUUCGGUGGCUUGGGACCUUACAAGAGCGGAUCGGUCUUAGUGGAUCCUGAAGGCACACAAGCAUGGGUGUCAAAAGAUUACGACGACACUAAGUAUGGCUGGAAGCGUGACGCCGGGUGGCGUCUGGGCGAGUGCUUAUGGGCGCAACAUGGGGUAUGGGACCCGGAGACGGACACAGUGCUGAAAAAAGACUACUUUGGAAUCGACCCCAAGAAUGGCGCCAAGAUCAACUACGAAUACUUUACGAACCACUACUGGCUGGCUCAUUACCGGGCUUAUAGCAAGAUGGUUAAGUCUAUUUUCCCAGACUCGUUGAUGUUCUUCCAACCACCGGUGCUUGAGAUACCUCCAAACAUCAAGGGUACCGAGGAUGAUGAUCCCAAUAUCAUCUUCUCGCCUCAUUUCUACGACGGCAUUACGCUCAUCACGAAAAAAUGGAACCGAGUGUGGAACGUGGAUGUUUUUGGGGUGCUGCGAGGAAAAUAUCUGACACCAGCAUUCGCCAUCAAGGUUGGAGAGAGCGCGAUUCGAAACUGCUUCUCACAUCAGCUCAAAGCGAUCCGAGAAGAGGGUACUGAAUACAUGGGGGUGCACCCUUGCAUUUUCACGGAAAUAGGCAUACCGUAUGACAUGGAUGACAAGUAUGCGUAUAAAACAGGCAACUACAGCAGCCAGAUAGCGGCACUGGAUGCCAACCAUUUUGCACUUGAAGAUAGCAUGGCUAAUGGAUUCACGCUGUGGACCUAUGUUGUCAACAACUGCCAUUACUGGGGCGACCAAUGGAACGGAGAAGAUCUAUCGAUAUUUUCGUUGGAUGACAAGGCAGUGCCAGCAGGACCUUUUUCACCAGAAGACUCUCGGGCAUCGCUCGACAAGAAUUCACCGACGUAUUCGCGGGCUCAGUCGUCGGAUACACUCAGCGUCACGCCCACCAACCUGCAAAAGACGGUUUCGGCGGAGCAAAUGAGCUCAACACGAACCGAGGGUGAUGUGGCUGGACUUCGAGCGGCAGAAGCCUUUAUCCGCCCUACACCUGUGGCAGUGCACGGAGACAUCUCAUCCUACGGGUUUGACCUCAAGAACUGCACUUUCAAGCUUGCACUCUGCGCGCCAAGUUCGACAUCAGAGGAUGUUCCGACGGUGUGCUACCUGCCCGAAUUCCACUUCCCGUCAGGCCAGACAAGUGUUGAGGUGACCGGGGGCAAGUGGACAAUUACUUCGGAAGAAAAGGGCGGAGCAUCGCAGCAGAUACUCCGAUGGUGGCAUGCAGAAGGUGAUCAAACGAUAACAGUCAAAGGAGUGGUGCGGAAAGCUGGCAGUGCGCUAGGUACGGAUGAGGAUGAAGGGUACCUGCAGCAGUGCCAGAAGCAGGCCUGCGCAGUCAUGUAA